GAGAGGUUGCUUCUUGGAAGUGUCCUGCGGUCGAAAAUUAGUAGCUACCUCAGGGUACUCUGCCUCGUCUGUUAAAGUGAAACCUCCCUUUACCCCGGCUGUUCCGGCAGUUUCAUUGUUGAGCAACGUUUCACUACCUAUAUCAAUUGUUUACUUCACCCUUCCGCCACUCCUCACGUUAUUCCCAUCAAGGCCAAGCAACCCAGGUCAAAUUCAAGUUCCACCUUCGAUAACUCAGCACUCGGAAGUAGCAAGGAUGUCAACACCCCGGGUAUUCAUUAUCAGACAUGGCGAGACCGCAUGGUCUAUUGAUGGCCGUCACACUGGCUCGACUGACAUCCCGUUGACAGCGAAUGGCGAGAAGCGCGUCAAGGCGACGGGGAAAGCGCUUAUAGGUGAUGACCGCCUGAUUGUUCCCAAGAAGCUGGCCCAUAUAUACGUAUCUCCCCGAAAAAGAGCCCAGCGUACCUUUGAGCUUCUAAAUCUCGGUACUAAAGGUCCGCUUCCAUGGAAACGUCAUGGCGAGUGCGAAUCCAAGCCAGUUCCAUGCGAUGCCGAGGUUGAAGUCACCGAGGACAUCCGCGAGUGGGAUUAUGGUGAAUACGAAGGUAUCACUAGUCCGCAAAUCAGGGAGAAGAGAAAGCAACAAGGCCUUGAACCCAAUUGGGACAUUUGGAGGGAUGGGUGCCCUGGAGGAGAGAGUCCCGCAGAUGUCAACGAGCGCUGCGAUCGUCUCAUCAAAGAUAUUCGGGAGAGGUUUCACGCUCCCGCGCUCAAUAAGCCCAAGGGAGAUCCUGAUGCGGAACGCGCCGAUGUGUUGAUUGUUGCCCAUGGACACAUCCUUCGUGCGUUUGCACAGCGAUGGACUGGGCUGUCUCUGCACGAGGGACCUUCGUUUUUGCUGGAAGCUGGCGGUGUCGGUACCUUAAGCUAUGAGCAUCACAAUAUCAAUGAGCCUGCUAUUAUUUUGGGCAGUGCUUUCCAUGUUGAUCUUGAGGAUGAUGCGAAGCUAGAUAAGCUGGAGAAUAUGUAAAUUAUUCUUAAACUUCGGGAAUGGUAACGAGGGAUGGAUGCCAGACGUUCUCGGU